AUGGAUAUACAUGAUGAGCCACCGGCAGACUCAGUAGAAACUAUUAGAGAAUGGGCUGAUGAGCGCUCUAAUUGGAAGUUGGAUAUAGAUGAUGAGCCACCGGCAGACUCAGUAGAAACUAUUAGAGAAUGGGCUGAUGAGCGCUCUAAUGGGAAGUUGGAUAUAGAUGAUGAGCCACCAGCAGACUCAGUAGAGACUAUUAGAGAAUGGACUGAUGAGCGCUCUAAUGGGAAGUUGGAUAUAGAUGAUGAGCCACCGGCGGACUCAGUAGAAACUAUUAGAGAAUGGGCUGAUCAGCGCUCUAAUGGUAAGUUGGAUAUAGAUGAAGAGCCACCGGCAGACUCAGUAGAAACUAUUAGAGAAUGGGCUGAUGAGCGCUCUAAUGGGAAGUUGGAUAUAGAUGAUGAGCCACCGGCAGACUCAGUAGAAACUAUUAGAGAAUGGGCUGAUGAGCGCUCUAAUGGGAAGUUGGAUAUAGAUGAUGAGCCACAGGCAGGCUAA